AACUUUGUUAAAUAUGAUACAAAGGUUGUGGUACUUAGUUCAGAUAUUAAAGUUGAUAAUACUGAAUCUAAUAAGCUUGCUAAAGACUUAUUAUCAAUCAUUAUUAUCUUCACAGCAUCCAAAAAUCAAAAAUGA